AAUUUUAAUAGAAAUUUUUUAAAGCAAAUAAUAUUUUUUUUUAACAAAAAUUUACUUAAAUAAUCGAAAAUCCCAUAAAGCAAAUAUAAAAUAAUGUUCUCUUCAUUACGUUUAUAUAGUUCGUUAACCAGAUCGUUAAAGAAAUUUAAAACAUUUACUAAAAUAGACAACAUACAACGACGCUAUGCCUCUACCGAAGAUCCGCGUGUAACGAAAGGUUUAGUAAUUGGUGUUUACCAAAAAGAGGGCGAUAAAGAUCCUAAAUUAACUACAAGUGGUGAGAAAUUUGAUGAUCGGGUGCAGGGCAAAGUUUCAGAAUUAGUUAAAGAAUGUAAUAUCACGGGCCAAUUGGGUAGAGGGAAAGUAUUUAAUAAUAUUGAUCAAGAAUAUCGUUCGGUGGCUGUUAUCGGUUUAGGACGUGAGGGUGCUGGUUUCAAUGAAUUGGAAAUGAUCGAUGAAGGAAUGGAAAAUGCACGUGUUGCUGCCGGUGUUGGAGCACGCACCUUACAAUUGCAAGGUUGUUCUGAAGUAUUUGUCGAUUCUAUGGAAUAUCCAGAACAAGCAGCCGAAGGUAGUGCCUUAGCCAUAUGGCGUUAUAAUGAUAAUAAACAAAAGAAAAACCGAACUCUGGUGCCAAAAGUGGAGCUAUACGAUUCACCAGAUGUAGAUGCCUGGACGCGGGGACUUUUCAAAGCAGAGGCACAAAAUUUAGCCAGACGUUUAAGUGAUGCUCCCGCUAAUCAAAUGACACCCACCACCUUUGCCCAAGCCACUGUGGAUGCUUUAUGUCCAUGUGGUGUUACGGUUGAAAUACGUACCAUGGAAUGGAUUGAACAGCAACAUCUUAAUUCAUUUCUUACAAUAGCCAAGGGAUCAUGUGAACCACCAGUAUUAUUGGAAAUAAGUUAUUGUGGUACAGCGCCAGAAGAUAAACCAAUUUUGUUAUUAGGCAAAGGCAUGACUUUUAAUAGUGGAGGUAUUUGUUUGCGUCCUUGCAAAAAUAUGGAUGAAUAUCGUGGUGCUAUGGCUGGGGCAGCAGUAUGUGUGGCAGCUAUACGUGCCGCCGCUGCCUUAUCGUUACCCAUUAACAUUUCAGCUGUUAUACCUUUGUGUGAAAAUAUGCCUUCUGGUAUGGCUUGCAAGCCGGGAGAUGUUGUUACUUUGCUUAACGGCAGAACAUUGGCCAUAAGAGACACUGAUAAAGCUGGUGUUGUAUUAAUGGCAGAUCCUUUGUUAUAUGCUCAAACUACUUAUAAACCACGCUUAGUAGUUGAUAUUGCCACUUUGGGUGAGGGAGUUGUUAAAGGUUUAGGUGGUGGUGCUACGGGUAUAUUUUCAAAUUCUCAUUAUAUUUGGAAACAAUUCCAAAAGGCUGGUUCUUUGACCGGAGAUCGUAUGUGGCGUUUUCCUUUAUGGCAUUAUUACAAAAAAUUGGUUACAAAUAACAUAAGUUUCGAUAUUAGCAAUAAUGGUAUAGGACCAGCUUCUAGUUGUUUAGGUGCAGCUAUUUUACAUGAAUUCGUGCCCUGUGUCGAUUGGGCUCAUUUGGAUAUACGCGGAGUGGGCAUGUUAACACGUUUUGGUACUAUACCUUAUUUAUUAAAAGAUCGCAUGACUGGCAGACCCACCAGAACUUUAAUACAAUUUCUAUAUCAAAUGGCUUGUCCAGAUGCCCAAUCUAAGUAGUUAUUAGCUGCAGUUUGUAAACCAAUUAAUAAAAAAUCGAAAAAUGCCUGUAAAAACUGGAAUGUAUGGUGUCGUUUUAGUAAAUUGUUCCAGUGUUAUGUUGUAUUUAAUGAGAAUAUUUUGUGGUCAAAAUUUAAUUUGUUUUGUAAU